UUCUCCACCACUUCGUCUCCGCCAUUUCACGCCUCUCCUCCUCCGCCUCUUCUUCUCCCGCGAGAUCCGCGCCGUCCGAUCGGCUCUGAUUAGAUCCUUCGAUCGAAGCUUCUAGAAGCUCCUCGGCGGCGAUGGAUCGGCUUCGGGCGGGGAGCCCGGUGUACGGACGCCAGAGGAGCGGCGGCGGAUCGAGCAGCACGGGGUCGUCGUCGCCGGGGGGGCUCUCUCCGGCGCACCACCGCUCGCCGUCGGCGUCGUCCUCGGCGACGGCGGGGAUCUCCAGCGUGAAGCGGACGCAGAACGUGGCGGCGCGGGCCGCCGCCGCCAGGCUCGCGCAGGUGAUGGCGUCGCAGAGCGCCGCCGGGGCCGACGACGACGACGACUACGACGACGAUAUCCCCGCCGCCGGAGCCGGCGGUGGCGCCGCCGCCGCCGCGGCCCUGAGGUUCGGGGCCCCGCGGCCGGCCCCGUCGGCGGCGAGCAGCAACGGAGCUGGAACCGGGGCUUCCUUGCUGGGGAGGUCGAAUCGAUCUCCCUCGCCUGCGUUAGGUCGGAACUUUGUAGAGCAUACUCCGGCAAUCCGAUCCACAUCUGCGGGAAGGCCAUCAGUUUCUGUUCGUCCAGCAUCAACCAUUGUGCCGCCGAUUAAACCAUCUCUCCGAACACCAACUCCUAUUCCACCAAUAGAACCUCCAGCUGAUAGGAACAGGCAGAAGAGGUUUCCAGCAGAUGCAGGGCAUUUGAACUCGAGAGAUACAGGAAUUCGUCGUGAGGCUUCUGCCCUUCAAGAUGAGCUUGAUAUGCUACAAGAAGAGAAUGAGAGCAUCCACGAAAAGCUACGACUUGCUGAAGAAAGAUGUGAAGAAGCAGAGGCACGCGCCAAGGAGCUUGAGAAACAGGUCGCUGCUCUCGGAGAAGGAGUAUCUUUAGAAGCUCGGUUAUUAAGCAGGAAAGAGGCAGCACUCCGCCAAAGAGAGGCUGCACUGAAGGCCGCCAAAGAAACAAAGGAUGGGAGGGAUGAGGAAAUAACAGCACUAAGGCAAGAAGUAGAGUCUGCGAAAGAGGAGGUUGGAGCAGCCAUUGGGCAGUUAAGGGAAGCUGAAUCAGAAGCAAAGGCUCUUCGAUCAAUGACACAAAGAAUGAUCUUAACACAGGAGGAGAUGGAAGAAGUUGUGCUUAAAAGGUGUUGGCUAGCACGCUACUGGGGUUUAGCUGUUCAGUAUGGCAUAUACCCAGAGAUUGCUGUGUCAAAGCAUGAACACUGGUCAUCGUUGGCUCCUCUUCCUCUUGAGGUUGUCAUAUCUGCUGGUCACAAGGCCAAGGAAGAAUUACGUAGCCGAGGUGAAGAUAAUUCUGAGAAAAGAAAUAACCUUGUGCGUGAUCUAAGUGAUAUAACCGGAGAAGGCAAUAUAGAGAGCAUGCUUUCAGUUGAAAUGGGCCUCAGAGAACUUGCAUCAUUGAAGGUGGAAGAUGCUGUUGUGAUUGCAUUGGGUCAACAUCACAGGCCGAACUUAGUUCGACAAUUUACUUCAGAUUUUAAAGCUCCUGGUGAGCCUAAGUUCUUCGAGACAUAUGAACUAAGCCAAGCGGAAGCAGAAGAUGUUGGCUUCAAGCAGUCAUGGCUUAUAUAUUUUUGGAGAAGAGCCAAAAAUCAUGCAGUAGAAGAAGAUAUUGCCGAGGAGCGCCUCCAAUUUUGGAUCAGCCGCAAUGGGCAAGCACCAACUUCUCAUGAUACUAUUGAUGUGGAGAGAGGUUUAACAGAGCUGCGGAAGCUGGGUAUCGAGCAACAAUUAUGGGAAGCCUCUCGUCGAGAAAUAGAUCAAGCUCCUUCCGGCACGGAACGUUCUCAGCAGUGAUUUUUCGGCUUCUUCUUUUCGCAUUCCAUUUGCAAUUCAUUCAUCAGAGCAGUCAGAGAAAUUUUGGAAGGGGUAGAAACCUCCAGUUGCCCACAAAGUUCUUCAAUGCUUCCGCGAAAUAUUGGAACCUUCUUCGUUUUCAUCAUGCUUAGCGGUCACUCGGCAAUACAAUUUACCGUCUUCAUCUCAAAGCAUGAGUCAUCGAGUUAUUCGUAGAUAGCCAUAUGUUUUCCGUUGUUGCUCUUGCAGGCGCUUCAUUAUUUAUCUUCAUGGAUGUUUACAGUGACGGGUGUUUGUUGUUUAUUGUCUUCCUUUUUUUUUUCUCUCUCUCUCUCUUUGCCAAUAACUUUCAUUUGUCUUUUACAUCACAUAGGAAGGAAAGUUUAUGUACUCCCAAGUUUUCCCCCCUUUUU